AUGAUAGUUCUCCAGAACAAAAUCACCAACAUCGAGCUUUCUGUUACCAGUCAAAAGUUUGUGCCAAUGAAGCUUGCUUCUUAUUUGCUUAUGUUGAUGCUCAUACAUGCAAUCAAGCCCUCUUUUGCUGUAGCAAGGCUACAAGCUGUUUCAACGUUGGGUCUAUUUACAGUUCCUUCCAACUAUGUGUCUUAUAGUUUGAAGGCAGUCCAGGAUAGGGAAUCUAGGAAAAAACUAACACCACAUCCCCCACUAGCCAAUAUUCCGACCCAUUUCAAAUCUCCUCCGCCUAGGCCACCAUCCCCACCACCGCCAAUCUCUAUGUCGCCACCACUCCCACCACUAUCUCCGCCGCCGCCACCAUCACCAUCGGCUUAA